GUCCCUCAGCUCAGCCCCCAGUCCCUGCUUGUUCUAUCCCUAACAAGAAGCCGUCCCCCUCGCCACUCCCUAGUUUUCGUUUUCUGGCAGCAAAUGAAGAAGCUGCUGAGCCAGCCCUGGUUUUCGGGAAGUCAGAUGACCUUUUCCCUCCCUCAGCGCUCAGCUCUCUCUGCCCUUAGGUGGACACCAUGGACCCACCGAGGGCUCUCCUUUGCCUGCUGCUCCUGUACCCAGGCCUGGCACCUGCCACUCCUUCCUGCAGUCAGAACGUGAAUAUCUCCGGCGGCACCUUCUCCCUCAGCCACGGCUGGGCCCCUGGGAGCCUCCUCACCUACUCCUGCCCCCAGGAUCGACACCCGUCCCCGCCGUGGCGGCUGUGCAAAAGCAACGGGCAGUGGCAGACUCCGGGAGCCAAGCGGCUGACGAAGGCAGUCUGCAAACCUGUUCGCUGUCCAGCCCCUGUCUCCUUUGAGAACGGCAUGUACACCCCACGGCUGGCAGCCCACCCGGUGGGCAGCAACCUGAGCUUCGAGUGUGAGGACGGCUUCAUGCUGCGGGGCUCGCCCGUGCGGCACUGUCGCCUCAACGGCAUGUGGGAUGGAGAGACGGCCGUGUGUGACAAUGGCGCUGGCCACUGCCCCAACCCGGGCAUUUCAGUGGGUGCGGUGCGCACAGGCUCCCGCUUCGGCGUCGGGGACAAGGUCAAAUACCGCUGCUCCUCGGAUCUGGUGCUGACGGGCUCCGCGGAGCGAGAGUGUCAGAGCGAUGGGGUCUGGAGUGGGACGGAGCCCGUCUGCCGCCAGCCCUACUCCUACGACUUCCCCGAGGACGUGGCUCCCGCCCUGGGAACCUCUUUGGCCCACCUGUUUGGAGCCACCAACCCCACCCAGGUGAAGAAGGGAAGCCUUGGCCGCAAAAUCCAGAUCCAGCGCUCCGGUCACCUGAACCUCUACCUGCUCCUGGACGCUUCCCAGAGUGUGUCCGAAGAGGUCUUCAAGAUUUUCAAAGACAGCGCCACCCACAUGGUGGACAGGAUCUUCAGUUUUGAGAUCAAUCUGAGUGUCGCUGUCAUCACCUUUGCCUCACAGCCCAAGGUCAUCAUGUCUGUGCUGCAUGACAACUCUCGGGAUGUGACCGAAGUGAUCAACAGUCUGGAAAAUGCCAAAUAUACAGAUCAUGAGAACGGGACUGGGACCAACAUCUACAAGGCGCUAAAUGCUGUCAACAUCAUGAUGAACAACCAGAUGCAGCGCCUUGGCAUGGAAACCACGGGCUGGCAGGAGAUCCGACACGCCAUCAUCCUCCUGACAGAUGGGAAGUCCAAUAUGGGUGGCUCUCCCAAGCCGGCUGUUGAUAGCAUCAAGGAUGUCCUGAACAUCAAGGAGAAGAGGAAUGACUAUCUGGACAUCUAUGCCAUCGGGGUGGGCAAGCUGGAUGUGGACUGGAGAGAGCUGAAUGAGUUGGCCUCCAAGAAGGACGGGGAGAGGCACGCCUUCAUUCUGCAGGACGCCAGGGCUCUGCAGCAGGUCUUUGAGCACAUGCUGGAUGUCUCCAAGCUCACCGACACCAUCUGCGGGGUGGGGAACAUGUCAGCCAAUGCCUCUGACCAGGAGAGGACACCUUGGCAUGUCACUUUUAAGCCCAGGGCCCAGGAGACCUGCCGGGGGGCCCUCAUCUCUGACCAGUGGGUCCUGACAGCCGCUCACUGCUUCCACCACGCCGAGGACCGCUCCCUGUGGAGGGUCAGCGUGGGGGAUCCCAACUCUCAGCACGGCAAAGAAUUCCUUAUUGAGAAGGUGGAGGUCCCCUCAGGGUUCAAUGUCUAUGCAAAGAAGAGCCAGGGCAUCCCGGAGUUCUAUGGGGACGAUAUCGCCCUGCUGAAGCUGACCCAGAAAGUGAAAAUAUCCACCCACGCCAGGCCCAUCUGCCUUCCCUGCACAGUGGAGGCCAAUUUGGCUCUGCGGAAACCCCAAGGCAGCACCUGUCGGGAGCACGAGGAGGAGCUGCUGAGCCAGCAGAGCAUUCCUGCUCAUUUUGUCGCCUUGAAUGGGAACAAACUGAACGUCAAGCUCAAGACAGGCGCAGAGUGGAAAAACUGUAUCCAGGCCGUCUCCGAGAGGUUCCCCAACCUGACGGACCUCAGCGAGGUGGUGACAGAUCAGUUUCUGUGCAGUGGUGCUGAGCAGGAUGACAAUCCCUGCAAGGGAGAAUCCGGGGGUGCAGUUUUCCUUGAGCGGAGGUUCAGGUUUUUUCAGGUGGGCGUGGUGAGCUGGGGGCUUUACAACCCCUGUGCCACCAGCAAAGGCUCCCGUAAAAAGGCUCCCCAGGGCCUGACAGCCCGAGACUUCCACAUCAACCUCUUCCGCCUACAGCCCUGGCUCAGGGAGCACCUGCAAGGCGUCCUGAACUUCUUACCCCUCUGAUUGUGGCCCCGACCCUAGGCUAUUCUGCGGGGAUCUGCCACCUCUCCCGUGCAGACCCUGUGGCCUGUGGUCCGUUCUCACUCCUGGCUCGGGAAACCCAGUCUUCAAGAGCCCGGGGGCAGCACCUGCAGGCUGGGUAACCCCCAGGGCACCUGCCAGGGAGCUUGUUGCCUGCAGUCCCCACUUCUGCUCACAUCUCUCCCCUUGGUUUACCUGACUCAUUGUCCUUUCACUUUCACAUGGGAUUUCCCAGUUAUGAAAUUAAUAAAAAUCAGUGAUUUCCACA